AAAACUGCAAUUAACUUGAGAAGAUUAUAAGAUCGCGGGGUCAUCGUCAGUGCGAUACAUUAUCGAAGUGUAUCACUAUAAUUCCUUCCGAAGGAAUGAUAAUUUUGGGUGUGUUUUUUGUCGCCGUUUUGACGUCAGAGGGCGUCUUCUCUGGAACCACCAAGUACGAUGACGAUUUCUCCUUUAUUGAAGUAUGGGAAGAAAUCGAAGAGGAGAUCAAGCAAGUUACUUUUCAUUUGAGGAAUUCCAUAGAGGAUCAGCGUGAGUAUGUCCAGCCGGUUGUUGAGCAGUGUGAAAAGCUGGCAACUAUCACCGGUAACGUGAUUGGACAACUGGAGGAGGAAACGAUUGAUCACGAAAUGGGGGACAUAAUCUUCAAGCGCGUGAUGUACCUUUUUCACGAGGUGUACAACGCUUUACACCGCGUUGGCUUGCUUCACAACGGCUUUGAGUUAAAAAGCGGGCUAAUCUACAACUUGGAGGUAACUAGCGAAUACAUGGAGCAGUUAGUUUACAUCGCAAAGACAUACUGUCCACAACUACGUGCCGUUUUGAGAACCCUAUUGGUCGACAUUUUAAGAGGCGUCCAAGGGUUUCCCAAACGUGCGGGAAUACUAGAGCAAAACGUGAUUAUUUACGAAAGUCCAAACCGUAUGGUAUCCCAAAUUAAAAUACUCACCGAGGAGUUCAUCCGUCUUCUCAAUGAGUGCGAACACAUCGAAGAAGCCCGAAUGGUAUUUCGCGGAUUUACAAGAUACCUACAAGAAAUUGUCCAAAAGCUAUAUGUCGCCGCAAUUCCGGACAUUAGAGUCACGGACAUUACUCAAAACUUAGAGUUGAUGAUAAAGACUCUCACCGAAUUAAUUUCACGAGAGAGUUCAAACAUUGAGCGCUUUAAAAAAGAAAUUGCCGUUGAAUUGGGUGAUGUGAACGAAGCAUUUGAAAGAUUGUUAGUGUUAUUAAAUACCGAUGGCUGUUCGGCGGGCCUCAGGAGUUUUCUGGAGACCGUUAUCUAUUUCUACUACUAUUCGAUUAAACAAACUCAUUUCGAAAUUAGAACCGCAUAUAAAAUCGCGUUUUAUGGACGUGCCGAGUUUUCGGAAGGAGACGAUUCUCUGGGAGGCGAUCUUUUCGAAAUUGCUACUCCAAAAGAGUCUGUAAUCAAAAUUCAAAGGCUCAUCAAAGAGGUCAUACCUAUUGCUGAUCGUCAGCAAUUUGUUGAAACUCUCGAACGCAUGGCUGCCAAAAUUGACGCCGAGAUUAAAACAGGUCACUUAUUACGCACGGAAAUUGCAAUGGGUGCACUCUCUCGGUUGUUGAAGACCCAGGCCAGUUCUAAGGGGGACCUUGCGGAAGUUGCUGAAACAGUUGCAGGCGAGCUAGCUAAGCUUGCCGUGAUCGAUAAGAUGCAGAACAACGGCUUUGAGCAUCUCUUACUGAAAGAGAUUUGCAUGGACUUUUUAGACUGCUUGCGUGGUGUCGUAGUAUCUGCGGAAGCACUUGUUGCAGAGAUUCAAAAAGUUGUCAGUUCCUUUAACAAACUAAACGAUACCCUAAUUACUGAUUAUUGCCUCCGCGAGUUUAGCAAGGUGCUCGAAUAUGUUUCGGACAAAAUUGACAAAGAGGUAAAAGUGGGGCAUCUACCCAACACCGAAGAGAUCAUGCGGAAAUUUUCUGCGUACCUAAAAAUUGUGAAAAGCGGUCUGGAUGGCGGCGGGGAGCGGUACGAGUUUCGUGACGUGGCUGGGAUGGUGUCCUUGGAAUUGGGUCAAGUGAUUAUGACUGAGAAGGCUCAAGGCGGAAAGUUCGAGGAUCUCGUGCUCAAAGAUGUUUGUCUUCAAUUUUUGAACUUUUUCCGUAGCAUUUCCUAUAACCUGCAGUUGUACCAUGACAAAAUCGUUUAAAAUUUUAAAAUAAAUUCAUUAUCACUAUUA